UUCUAUCGAUUUCCGUUCAGAUGUUGUGUGAACGGUCGGGAAUGAAUGAAAUUGUGGAUCGCAUGUCAAUUGUUUACUUCCGCUCCGAUUGUGGUUUUCAUAAUUAUCCAUAUAUGGUAAGAGGGCGGACCUUUCUGAAUUCUUUCUCAGCCAAAAUCUGGAGAAAAUGAGGUCAGAUUUCUCCUAAUACACUCAUUUUGAAUACUGUUACAUCUAUUGAAGAUUGGGUUUUCAUUUAUUAGAUACUUUUGUUCAAAUUGCUGAUCUACUUACAUUUUCUUUACGAUUUAUAUGCUGACCGCGUAGUCUUACUCGAUACUCCUAUUGACCUUGACGAAUUUCAUUGGUUCAGAGGAAGGCCUAAUCGGAGAAUAUAUUACUACGCGCGGUGAAUGGUUACUAUCAUUUAUGAAUGGAAUGUUCAGUCGUACGCACUAUAUCUGCAGCAAUGGAAACGAUAUCCCUCAGCGACUUUCAUCAUCUGAUAGUUCACUACAACUUCAAUAAUUCUACAAGUCUUUUGAUUCUGGAUUCACGGCCCUACAUUUCUUACAACGAUGGACAUAUUGUCGGGGCUAAAAACAUGUACUGCCCUCCAAUCUCAAAAAGGAGAUUUGUUAAUGGAGGCAAACUUCAUCUGGAGAAGAUGUUAGACAGCGACGUGCGACACAGGCUGGUGUCGGGGGGCUACUCUCAAAUUGUCAUCUACGGGGAGAGUGAGGAGGAACUCGUUCACUCGGACAGCAACAUGAACAUCGUCUGGCAUUCCAUAAAGCAGCUAGGAUUCGGGGGAAUAUGCAAACUUCUGAAAGGCGGUUUCGCCCAGUUUAUGCAGAGCUUUCCCCGCCAGUGUACCAUCGUGGGCAGCAACCCGAUCCUCACCCCCCAGGCCGAGCCCUCAGCCCAGGAGAAAUCACAGAGGCACGCGCUCUUCAGAACCAAUUCUACACUGACGGAGCCGGUGGAGAUCUUCCCCCACCUGUACCUAGGUAAUGCCCUGACGGCCGCCUGCAUGCAGGAUCUACAGCGACUCGGCAUCACCGCCAUCCUGAACGUGUCCUCCACGUGCAAGAACCAUUUCACCUCUAAUUUCCUGUACAAGAACAUUCCUGUGGAUGACAGUCAUAACACACUGCUCUCCAACUGGUUCUCAGACGCCAUCACGUUCAUAGAUGAAGUGAAAGGUGCGGGCGGCAAGACUUUGGUCCAUUGUCACGCUGGAGUCAGCCGAUCAGCCACUAUCUGCAUCGCUUACGUCAUGUACAGCCGUCACGCCUCACUGGAUACAGCGUUUGAGUUUGUCAAGUCCCGUCGCAGCGAGAUUUCGCCCAAUGCAGGCUUCAUGCACCAGUUGCUGGAGUUUGAAAAAGAGCAGGAAGACAAGAGGCGCCACCUGUCCCCCCUUAGUCCCCUCAGUCCGCCAUGUUCCCCGCCCUGUCGAUUUUUCUCCGUCUCCUCCAGUUUCUGUAGUUCUAUGGACACCGGAGUCUCCUCCCCCUACUCCACGCCAUUCUCGUCCCCCACAGCCCUGACCAGUCCGAUGGUGGCGUUCACUUGACAGACCUCGUGACGCACAGGAAAUGACGACACAACCCCAGUGGAAGUGAGGCAGACACAGAAGUGGCGCCAUUGUGUGGUAUUGAGGCGCUCUUUUGCCGUUGGUGACAAAACUUUCCUUUGAGUACAAGUGACAGAGUGUUUAUACAGAGCUCAUAGCUGAAGUUUGUCGAGUUUGAAAUCAUUUUGGCAAAAUUCAUGCGAUAAGGGAGAGUGCAAAGAUAUGCAAAGUUAUCGAGGAAUAACUUUUGAUAUUCUUCUAAAUUAAAGACAAUCGGAAUUUUGAUGAAUAUGCAUUUGGUGUGUUCAUUUUGUUAUGUACAGUAGCCAUACAUUGUAUGAAUGAUGUGUGACAUGUUUUCUUUGUUAUGUGUACAAUACGUGUUCAAUUAUCCAAGAUGACACUAUAUCUUUUCAGAUUAUAGUUCAUCCUUUUGUUAAUGUCCUUAUAAAUGUCUUUUAUAUGCAUACAUUAUACAAACAUUUACCAAAACAUGUCUCUCGAAAAUCUACUGUGAUACUACAAUUUCAAUAAAAUUCGUUUCACAAAG